AUGGCGACGGACUCGGUUCCACUUACUGCAUUCUCCGUGGAGGGUAGGGGCCAGUUCGAAUGCAUGGUUACGCAUGGCAUAUGGACUGGUCGAUGCCCCGAGCACUUUCCAAAAGGCGAUGGACUUCCUAAAGACAAGAUUUUGCAAAUAUUUGGUCCAGAGAAAGCUUCCUCCGAGAUAGGCCGAGAAAAAAUAUAA